AUGAGGCUUGUCUCGUUACACGCGCUCGCGCUUCUCUACUGCGGAGUCGUCGUCGCGCAAGACUGCAUCAACGUCGCCCUCACCGCGAUUCCCGGCUGCGCACAGAAUUGUAUCCUCAAUGGCGCACCAUCGAUAGGAUGUCAAGGAACGGAUUUCAGCUGCCAAUGCGCGCAAUCGGCGGCGCUCUUUGCCGCUGUUGAGGGUUGCGUACAGACGGCAUGUCCAUCAGCCAGUUACCAAGCUGUCAUUGACGGGUCCGAUGAAGUGUGUAAUUGCGCGGCACCGGCAGGAGCAGGAUUGGCAGCAGGGACAGCAAGUGUGUCGGGCAUAGGCAGCAGCGCACCGGCAUCAAACACUGCCACUGCCACUGCCACGGGGACAUCGUCACCAACAGCGACCUCAGGCGGAGGAGGGUCUGGCACGACUGGAACGACGGGCGCUGGAAGCGGCAACACCUUCACCGGCUACUCGAGCGUGUCGCCCAUUGCUACCGCUUCGGUAAUCGGUGCUGCCGCACAAGCAACGCCGGUGAUGAACGUCAUCCGAUAUGUUGUGCCGGUGGCGAUGAUGGGAGCUGCUAGCUCCGAGGUCGCUCCAUCAAAAGCCAACAGUCUCGAGGCUUCGUCAUCGUUGCCCGAGGCUUGCAUUUGGGGCUCCAAGGACUUUUUGCGAUACAGGGAGGUCAUGGAGAAGGAGAAUAACAAGAGGAAAGAUUACCGUUUCUUAUCCCGGCUGAGCCAGUCUCGCGAGGCACGUGGGACUGGUUGUCCGGGACUGAUGGCGUCGACUGAGAAGGGUGCGGAUGAAGUCGUGUGUGGCGCAACGCCUUUCCUUGAAUGGGGGAUUACAUUCAAGACUUCUACGAGAUGCGCAGACUGCUGGUUCGGAAAGCAUUCGCAAUGCUACUCUGUUCUUUGA